UCUCUGAGCAAAGAGCAUACCGGGAGAAUAACAAAAACAAAUCAUGUUUACCUGCCUGGGAGAAAAAAUUGAGAAAGACCCAAAAGAGCUACCUGUCUGAAGUCUCUUCUUCAGUCUUCACUAAAUCGCGAUCGUGAAAAGAACGCAAGCGGUCAAAUGAAAGCAAAGUCUAUACAAAAAGAAGGUCGAAAGUGUUUUUUUAAAUGUUUAUUUCAAUGUGAAUACAUAAAAUAUUAUACUUUUUUAAUGAAAAUAGUGCAAAAUAAACCACAUUUAAUCUGGUUGUAAUUGUUUUACCACAGCAUUUUGUUUGGCAAAUUGGCUGUGGCUUGGUGUUGGCCAAGAAUUUUCAGACAGGAACCGGUUUCAGCGUUCCCACCAAUCCAGUGAUCAAAAGAGCGAAACUAAGAGAGUUUUAGAGCGCGACGAGGAAGUGAAAACAUAAACAAACCCAUUUGCAAAAUAAUAACAAAAGCAACACGUGCAUCCCGGCUCGAAUGAUUGCAAUAUUUGAAAUACAAGGACCAAUAAUCCCAAGUUAAUCAUGAGUCUGCCCCAGUUGAUCGACGAUCUGCAGCGCCUUUCAGAGGAUCAGGAUAGUGCCGAUGUGGUAUUUAUUUGCGGCAGAGACGAACGCAUCUAUGCCCACAGAUUAAUGCUGAUGGCUCGUUGCAAGAGCUUCAAGACGGCGAAGAGGGGUGAGGUGUGUCGAAUUCCCGGAUGCACCGUUUCCCCAGCAGCCCCAGGAGCUUCGACUCCGACUACCAUACGAUUGCCCCACGUGAAUCCGGAACUAUUUAGGCAGUUUAUCUUGUACGUCUACACGGCAAAGUUGGUUCUUCAGGAUUCCCAAGUAUUUCAAAUGAUGAUGAUGGCCCAGGAUAUGGGCGUGGUUGAGCUGCGCACCGCUUGCGAGGACCACGUUAUAUCCACUUUGUCGGUGGAUAAUGCCUGCACAUUUUUAACUGCCGUAAUGGAUAUACACGAAAAAGCAGGUGCAAAAUGUGCUGCCUCGUUUAUGGAACGCUGCAUCAUCUUUAUAGGCGAGAAUGCCAACGAGUGCGUUAAGACAAAUGCUUUUCUCACUUUAACCAAGGAUGCUAUCAUCAAGAUUAUUUCAUCCGACUAUUUCUGCUUGGAGGAGGAGGAAGUGUGGCGAUGCGUUUUGUCCUGGGCCAAAUACCAGGCAGGAGUAACCCAACCAACUGCACAUUGGACUGAGGAGGAGCGUGCUCGGGUCUGCCAGCACUUAAGUGGCGUGAUGGGUCACGUACGUCUGCUUCUCAUCGAUAGCCAAGUUUUUGCGGAGGAAGUGGAACCCACUGGAGCUGUACCCAUGGAGCUAUCCCUGGAACGCUAUCGCUAUGCUGCUUUGCAUGCCAACAAAAUGAUGGAUAAUGAUAAAAGACUGCAGCCCCGCUUAACCGUAGCGGUUAACAUGUUUCCUGGUUCCCAAAUUCUGAGAAACGACAAUCUUCCCCUACAGACAGUACUCAAUAAUUGGGUCGGGGUGCCCAAACAAUCCUGGAGACUGGUUUUCCGAGCAUCCACUCACGGCUUUGAUUCUGGAUCCUUUCAUCGUUACUGUGACGGCGUGGCUCCCUGCAUGGUUAUUGGCUUGGGAUCGCAUGGAGAGAUCAGUGGUGGCUAUACGGAUGUGGCCUGGGCCAAAACGAGCCGAAAGGGUGGAUAUGUCCAAUCGGAGCGGGCCUUUCUUUUUGCCUUGAACCCUGCGAAUGGCGAACAGCCGGCCAAGUUCGACAUUUUUAAGAAGCCCUAUGCCAUCUGCUAUCACCCAGAUUGCGGUCCCAUUUUUGGAGCUGGAGCGGAUCUGCUGAUCUCCAGCAACUGUAAUACCAACAUGGACUCCUACUCGAACCUUCCGCAUUCCUACGACGGAACCAACGCUGCUCACCUGACUCUCUUCGGGGACUACAACUUCACCAUCACCGACUAUGAGGUCUACACUCUAGCCUCGCCUGGCGGAAGUAGCACCAGUGGAACAAGUCACAGCAGCAAUCACAACCAGAACCUUUCAGCAAAUGGUCAAGCUCCUGGGGUGCCCACAAAGGCGAAAUACGAUAGAUACUAACAUUCCGAAGACAACUUGUAGUUGCAUCAGCUAUGCUGGCAAUAAAACUAUUUCCUUGAACGAUCCAAACACUCGAAUAUUGUAAUCCCAGAUCCGCGACGGCUGGGCUAAUGGCAUUAGUUGUCGGGUUCAUGACUCCACCCAAGGUAAAAACCAGAAAUCGAAAGGUAAUUAAUGUAUUGUUAUAUAAAGAAAACUUUUUUGGCGGCUGUCUUGACUUCCAUCUAGAUGCCAAGAAUUGAACCAAAUUAAUUAACUGGUUUCCCACUUGUAUGUAA